GAUGGUGAUAUGGGGAGAAGGAAAAGAGGAAAUGAAAGGAGAAAAGGAACAUCCAGAGCAGAGGAAGGGGAUUCACAGACCAGGCCUGAGAGGAUAGAUAGGGGAAGGAGGAAGAGAAGAAGGAGUCAUCAAGAUACAAAAGGGAGAGAGGGGGAUGAGGAGUUGCCCCCCAAAAUACAAAGUGGCAGGGCUGCAAAAACAAGAAAGCACACAAAAAAUGAAAAAACAAGAAAAGAAGAGGAGGAAGAGGAGAAGAAGGCUGAGAAGAGUGAAGGCAAAGAAAGACAUGGCAAGAGAAAAAAGACACAUGGGAGUGCUAAUAAAAAAGAUAAAGAAGAGGAUGGAGGUAAACAUACAAUGAAGGAGAAGGCACAGGAAGUGAAGAGAAAAAAGCACAAGCGAGUUGUUGAAACAAGUCCACAGCCAAGUGAGGAGGAAGACCUUGAUGAAGAGGUCAAUGAGGAAGAAGAGGUGAGACCAGAGUGUCUCUCAUCGGAGGAGCUGGAGAAAUUGAAGGAGGCCGUGGACGAGAGGAAGAAACUGAUCCAAGCUCUCAGGGGAAAGCCGUGGCCCAUUAAAAAGAAACGUGUGACAUUAAGGGAAUCUCAGGAGUUUGUGGAAAAAUAUGAGGGAGCUUUAGGAAAAGGGAAAGGCAGGAAACUCUAUGCAUACAAGGUCUUGAUGAGCAAGAAAUGGAUGAAGUUUCAACGUGACUUUGAAAACUUCAAAACUACCUGCAUUCCCUGGGAGAUGAAAAUCAAGGAGAUUGAAAGUCAUUUUGGCUCCUCAGUUGCCUCUUACUUCAUCUUUCUGCGGUGGAUGUAUGGCAUCAAUAUGAUCUUGUUUUGUCUGACCUUUGGUCUAGUUAUGGUGCCAGAGGCAUUGAUGGGGAGACCGUAUGGCACCAUCCCAAGAAAGACUGUCCCCCGAGCCGAGGCAACCAGUGCCAUGGACUUUGCUGUCUUAUGGGACUUUGGAGGUUACGCUCAGUAUUCGGUCCUCUUCUACGGUUACUACAACAACCAGCGAGCCGUCGGCUGGCUCAAGUUCCGCAUGCCUCUGUCAUACUUCCUGGUCGGCGUGGGAACAGUGGCCUACAGCUAUAUGGUGGUUAUAAGAACGAUGGCCCGUAACGCAAACGAGUCAGGGGUCGGAGACGAUAACAGCUUUAAUUUCACCUGGCGAAUGUUCACCAGUUGGGACUACUUGAUAGGAAACCCUGAAACUGCGGACAAUAAGUUUGCCUCCAUCACCACCAGUUUCAAGGUCAGUGUAGCUGGUAGAGUACAGUGGCCGAUGCCUUGUACGCCACAUCCAUCUGUAUCCGGUGUCCUUCUACCCCCGCAGGAGGCAAUUUUAGAGGAGCAGGAGAGCCAAAAGGACGACAACAUCCAUUUGACUCGUUUCCUGCGUGUGCUGGCCAACUUCUUGGUCUUGUGCUGCUUAGCGGGAAGUGGAUACCUCAUCUACUUUGUAGUGCGCCGCUCUCAGAAGUUUGCCCUCGACGGUCUGGAAAAUCACACCUGGUGGGAAAGGAACGAGGUGAACAUGGUCAUGUCACUACUGGGGAUGUUCUGCCCAAUGCUGUUUGACGUCAUCAGCGCCCUGGAGAACUACCACCCCCGUGUCGCCCUGCAGUGGCAGCUGGGUCGCAUCUUUGCCCUCUUCUUGGGUAAUCUCUACACCUUCAUCAUUGCGCUUAUGGAUGAGAUCAACCUCAAAAGGGAAGAGGAAAAUAUCAUUAAGUUCAAUAUAACCGUCUGGGAAGCCAGUCUUUACAAUGGCACAGUGUCAGAAAACGGCACGGCUCCACCCAUCACUAUCGAGCCCGCCGAUGUGCCCCGAGGGCCCUGCUGGGAGACCAUGGUGGGCCAGGAGUUUGUUCGGCUCAUCAUAUCUGAUACCAUGACGACCUAUAUCACGCUGCUGAUCGGUGACUUCCUGAGAGCCGUGCUUGUCCGUUUCCUCAACUACUGCUGGUGUUGGGAUCUCGAGGCUGGAUUUCCUUCCUACUCUGAGUUUGAUGUCAGUGGGAACGUACUGGGCCUAAUCUUCAAUCAAGGAAUGAUAUGGAUGGGUGCUUUCUACGCCCCCUGCCUACCCGCCAUGAAUGUCAUACGGCUCCACGUGUCCAUGUACCUGCAGUGCUGGGCCGUGAUGUGCUGCAAUGUGCCCCAGGAAAGGGUCUUCAAGGCCUCUGGCUCGAACAACUUCUAUAUGGCCAUGUUGCUGGUCAUCCUCUUCCUUUCCACUCUGCCUGCCAUCUACACCAUCGUCACCAUCCCCCCUUCUUUUGACUGCGGACCCUUCAGUGGGAAACAACGUAUGUUUGAUGUGAUCCAGGAGACUCUUGAGUCAGACUUCCCUGCCUGGUUUGGCAAACUGUUCAGCUACGCCUCUAACCCUGGACUGGUGCUGCCCUUCAUACUGCUUAUGGUAUUGGCCAUUUACUACUUGCAAUCCACAUCCAAAAGUUACAAAGAAUCUAAUAUGGAACUGAAGAAAAAACUCCAAACGCAAAAUGAGGAGAACAAGAAGAAGAACAAACUAGCAGCACUGAAGGCACAAAUGGAUCUAGAAGAGGCCAGAAAAGGUUCAUCUCGAAAAGCUCAACAACAAAAAAACAAAAAUGCUUCACUGCAAGUCCAAGAGGCAGAUGAAGAAGACCACAGAAACAGUCAGAGGCUACAUCGUAGUAAAAAUGGACGCGACGUUUCUCAUUCAGUUAGAGAACAAAGAGGCCAACUCCCAACCUCCAAAGGCCCUGUCGCCAGGGCCUAUCGACAUGGUAACCAGGGGACUCCUGGGUAUCUGCCCAGUUUCCCUCAGCAAAGUGAACCGAGGAUGCACAGAGUGCUGAGUCUGCAGAGACACUGAGGGAAUAAAAUUCUGUAUUUGAGCAAAUGUCA